AUGAUCAAACAUUUAAUGAAACAACUAUCCUCGUUAUCAUUCGUACUUUCAUCCUUGCCUUUAUCAAAAAAAACAUUAUUCGUAUGGGGUGUUAUACAUCUAUCCUUAGGGAUUGCUCUGUGGUUAAAAGGCCAAUGGAAUAAUGGCUUAGCUCUUACUGGAUUCGCUUAUCUCGUAAUAUUUGAUGCGAUAGGUGUAUUCACAACAUUUAUUUCAUCCGUACUAACAACUUAUGAAUCACUGCGACUUUCUUCGAUACGGAACCCAUUCGGUAUUCAGCGAUUUGAAAUACUAUUUGGUUUUGUGAAUACAUUAUAUCUUUUCUUCGUUGCUUUGUAUAUGUUAAAGGAAGGAUUAGAACAUUUCAUAUUAGAAUCAAAUUAUGAACAUUCUAAUCUACAUAGUCACAAAAUUCCUAUUUUAUGGGUGUUACUAGCCAUGUGCGCCACGUUAAUAUCAGCUAUCGGUUGUCAAAAUCAUAAAGGGUUUUGUGCAUUAUCGAGAUCUAUAUCGUUUAAUGAAGGAACACAUACUUACUAUUUACAACCGAAUUAUAGAUUAUCAAUAUUUACUAAUUUCAUCACAAUAGCUUUAUUAUCGUGUGGCACUGGAGUAAUAGUGGUUGGACUUCUACUGGAAAAAAGCAGAAAUUUUGGUUGGUUAGAUGAAUUAAUGUCGAUCUUGGAAUCGAUAUUAAUGUUUUACAUAGCAGUACCAGUAGCGUCUGCAUUAGGAAAAAUCUUGUUACAAACAACCCCUAGCACUGCAUCGAAAAGUUUAGAUGAUUGUUUACGUGAGAUUCUACUUCAUCCAACAAUUCUAUCAUUGAAUGCUACACAUUUCUGGCAAAACUCAUAUGGACAAUUAGUUGGCACACUUCAUGUACAUGUAAAUCCGGACGUUAAUGAACAGGCUGUUUUGGCAUUCGUAUAUUCUAGGUUAAGUCCAUUAUUUACAAAUAGUAGUGGUAGUGGUGAAUUGACUGUACAGAUUGUAAAGUAA